AUGCAGCUCGAUGCGAUAUUUCUUCUCGCCGCAUUACCCGGACUCUUGACGACAGCAAAGAUUCUCUCACGAGACGAGGAAGCCGAUUCAUGGUCCACCGCUGUAAAUAUCAUCGAUGUAUGCUUCGCGGCGUCAGAGACUCAAACAAGUAUUUUGCUAUCGGAAAAUCUACCAAUUGAGAUAUAUCGUCAAGUUUGCGAGAGCUUGAAAUACAGCGUCUUUACUGUAAGAAGGAAAGACCGCGGCUUUGUUCGACUCGAAUCGCUGGCGGAAAUUAUACUCAAACACUACGAUCAUUAUCUAAAAACACAAGGAAAGCCGAACGCAGUUGUGAUGUACGUAGAGCGGAUGGAUGAUCUCGAAUCAAUAUUGAAUAACAUGAAGUUCUGCGCGUGGAGAACUUGGAAGAACAGGAUACGUUACCUCAUCAUUGUGCCAAGGACCUUGUGCAACGCGGAAAACGCUGAUCAAAUGUUCAGAGUUAUUUGGAGCUACUGGAUCCUUAACGCGAUAAUACUUUGCUCCUCUAAUCAUACUAAAGAUUUGAACAAAAAUGAAUUGUACACUUACAAUCCGUACUCAUCGGAUCACUCGCAACUGUGGAAAACGGUUAUUCAAGAAACUGUCCAAGUUUUUACACAGCCAAAAAAUUUCAGUCACUCCUGGUAUGUCUUCAGGGAAGACUUAAUCGACAUUAAGUCUCCGAAAGACUGCGAUAGCUUGUUUUUCGACAAAACUCUGAACCUCGACAAUUACCUUUUACCAAUAAACAUGUUCGUGAUUCGUCCUGAAAUAUUCGUCGACCAAAAGAAAUCUGGGGUAGAGAAAUAUACGGGGCUGCAAGGUUUGCCUCUUCAGACACUCGCGGAAAAGUUGAGAUUUAACGUGGUUGAGGUUUGCAACGACGACAUUGACCCGUAUGGGCAAUUACUUGAAAAUGGCUCGUACACCGGAGAAUUGAAAAAUGCGUUUCACGGACUGUCGAACGUACUAACCGGCGGUCAUCUUAUGGAGGAGUUUCCUGGCAUGGAAAUGGCCUAUCCUCACGUAACGGAUGCAACAUGUUUUGCAUCUCGUUUCGGUGACCCAUACCCUCUGUGGACAAACAUUUUUGUAGCCAAAGAGAUCUGGAUUGGACUUGGGCUCAUCACGCUACUCGUGACCGUCGUUCUCUACCUGCAUAACAAGUCACUGGGAAUGAUAGCUGCGUUUUUGGAUGCGGAGCGAUUUGUUGUUGGUAAUUCAAUAAUUCGAUUACCUGAGACCAUCAAAUACAGAUUCACCUUUGGAUCAAUUUUUCUCGCCUUCCUGGUUCUCGACGGAGUAUUCAGAGGUCGUUUCGUAUCAACUUUAGCAAGUGGACACCGAUAUCCAAACCUGGAUACGCUGGACCAAGUCAAGAAACAAGGAGUUGAUAUCUACGGCCACGGCUCUUUUCUAAAUUGGUUCGACGAUCCCGUUUUGAGGAAAGCAUUCCAUAGUGUCAUCGCUGAAAAGUGUCUCGAAAUGAUAGCACUUGAUGGCAAGCAGCGAGCCUGCUUAGCUCAUUGCUUAACGUUACCAUCCGUAAUACCGAACUCCACCGUGACGAUUCACAAAGCUGCAAUUCCGGUCAAAGAAAAUUACGCAGUCUUUGUUUCAACGCUAAAUUGGCCCCUGAUAGACCGUUGGAACUUUGAGAUGCAAAAACUGGUCGAGGCUGGUUUCAUGAAGAAAUGGCGCUCAGACGACAGGCUGGGCGUGGAAAUGGAAUCAUGGAAAAUCAGGAGAGCGGCUGAUCAACAGUACUUCAGACCAAUCCAGCUGAACACUUUGCAUUCAGCUUUCGUGAUAUUAUUUUUCGGCCUUGUCACUGCUCUCUUCACUUUUCUCUGCGAGAUGAAAGAACGACGGAGAUGGAGUGGCUGGUGGAUUACAGAAAGUGAUAGGGAAGAAGAAUAAAUACUUGGAAUAAAGCUGAAAAAUUUCUGCUCCACGAAACGGGUGUAGCGAGAAAUUAAUUAUUUUUUUAUUAUUUCCUUCUUAUUUUCUCAGCUGUUGAUUGUACGAUGCCCGAGAUAUCUUUCUUAGCUUUCUCAGGGUCCAAUUAGCCUACUAAACUAUAUUUAUUCAAUUCGCAAAGCAUGAAAUUCUCGCUCUAUAGAUGAAGAAAAAAGUGAACCUACGAAUUAAUUUGGAUUUUUUCGGUUCGCAUUUGGACAUGUUCGUAUAACACCAGAAUUGAAUCUUCGAUGCUCUAUAUCGACGUAAUCUAGCGGGAUUAUUCAAUUGCGCGCAGUCUCGGGUCGCUGCAAACGACAACUCAAAACUUACGACCGGAAUACACAAAAUUUGCGUUAAAUUUUUGGAGGGAUAUGAGAACAAUCAUAAGUUCAUAGCUACAAAAGUUCAGUCUAAGUUCAGUACAGUAUAUUUCAUUUAUAUUGAUUCUGGUACGGGUCUUCGGGUGUCUGUGUGUAUUGAUUAUAUGAGUUGACAAAUAGAAUUGCAGUGAAAAACAAAAAGAACUGCAAGAAUAUGUCAAAAGUAAAAACUAGAUAUCUGAUAAUUACAUCAGAAAAUAGGUCUGAAGUAUGCAUUGCCUCUAGCAAAAUGUGAACAGUAUUAUAUCGGAUAGUUAUUAUUGAAAUUUUAAGUUAUAGCUUAUGUUUGAGACAACGUGCAGGUGGAACACACCUCUGCAGAAAACUGUGUGUUAUUGUAUUGUCACAAUGUUAUGUAACCUGACAGAAAAAUUAUAAAAUAAACAAUAUUCUUCAUA